AUGACGCACGACGUCAAGUAAACUGCGCGUGCGGUGCUGCGCUCAGCUCUCUUCUUUAAACGGCGACCCGCGUGCGUCCUACACCGCGCGGACUCUCCGGACUCUAGAGGUGUCCACCCUCCGGUCUUCACUCCCUGUCGGGCAUUCUUGUGCAUCGCACGCGGACAUCACCUACACACGCACGCACGCACGCGGAGGAGACCGCGCCGCGGUGUCGGGAACCCGACACCCAGAAACUUCGAUCCCCGACCUUCCCAGCCGAGCCGAGCCGGCCCGGCCCGGAUGGAUACGUGGCGGCUCUCGCGCCUCUGGUCCGUCUGUAGCGCGUAGCUAUGCGGGGCUCGCGCGCGCCUCGUGCACGUUUGAUGCCAUUUCUUUGUUGUCUUUGUUGAACUGAACGUUUUUUUGGGGAGGGUGCUGCUGGCGCGCGCGCGCGCCUGAGUGAUCGUGUUUUGUGACUCGCGUGAGCUCGCACGCGCCGGUUUCACCUCGAGCCCUCCUCAAGGAGCCUUCACCUCCUCCAGCGCGCGCCGUGAUGUCCGCCCUGGUCCGGUCCCUGUUUCUCGUGCUGCUGAGUACGCUCUCCGGCGGGGCUCAGACGGAGAUGAAGCGAGUUGUCGGGGACAACGCCACGCUGCCGUGUCAUCACCAGUUCUGGCAGUCAAACGGACAGUCGCUGGACAUUGAGUGGAUUCUGCAAAAACCCAACAUCAAGCAGCAUGUGAUCAUCACCUUUUUCAAUAAUGAGGUCUACACUAAUGUUAUCCCUGCUAGUCGCCUCUCCUUUGCGGGAGAUUACCUGAACGGUGAUGCGUCUCUCCUGAUCAGUGAGCUCCAGCUGAGUGACUCUGGAGAGUACCACUGUAAGGUGAAGACUGGAGGGAAGUACCACUGGAGCCAGGUCAACCUCAUCGUGCUGGUAAAGCCAUCAAAGCCACGCUGCUGGAUGGAGGGCCGCCUGCUGGAGGGCAGCGACGUCAGGCUGAGCUGUAAGUCUGCAGACGGCUCUGACCCCAUCCACUACAAGUGGGAGAGAGUUCUGGACAAGGGCAAGAGUGUGGGCAAGCUGCCUCCACUCGCCCUCAUCGACCUGAAGAACCCGGAGAUUGUGACAUUGAGGAACCUGACCCAGGACAGCUCAGGGGUGUACAGGUGCACAGCCAGCAACGACGUGGGAGAGGAAAACUGCAUCAUUGAAGUUACCAUGCAGUAUGUGCGUGGUAUAGGCGUGGUGGCUGGUGCUGUGGUGGGCGUGUCAUUCGGCGUCCUCAUCAUCAUCCUCAUCAUUUGGCUCGUCUUCCGCAAGAAGGAGAAAAAGAAGUAUGAGGAAGAGGAGACGCCCAACGAGAUCAGAGAGGACGCAGAGGCUCCCAAGGCCAAGUUGGUGAAGCCCAACUCGCUCUCGUCAUCUCGCUCGGGCAGCUCCCGUUCCGGUGCCUCCUCUACCCAAUCCAUGGUGCACAACAGUGCCCCCCGUACCCACCGCCCGAGACCCCCAGCCGUCGCAGCCCUGAAGGAGAACGGCCAACCACCCGACUUCCUGCAGUCACCCCCUGCCUACACACAGGUGGUGCCCAAGACCCCUGAACCACCAGCCACACCCAAAUUCAGGCAGCCUAAUCUUCCAGUUGGCAUGCCCCCAGGUGGCAUGAUUCCAGGCCAGAGCAAGGCCUUUCAGACUGUGUAGGGGACGGGGUCAGCCCCUCAGGACGGGUUAACCUACACCGACCCCUCCGUAUACAGAUACAUGAGCUAAUGCUAAUACCAUGUACAAAAAAAAAAAAGAAAGAGAGAAAUAAAAAACAAGCAGAAUUAUCGGAUGUAAGUCAAAAGUAUCAAUUAUAUAAAAACUGCAAGUUUAAAUGAAUGCAUACUUAAAAGGGACAAUACAAAGUGCUUGCCCCCUGCUGAAAUAUACAAAGAAAAAGAGAGGGGAAAAAAAAAGUUUGAGGACAUUUUCGCUCACAUUCAUGCAGUCUCUUUUUUUCCACUCUCUCUCACUGUCUUUUUCUCUUUUUCCUCCCUCUCUGGCGCUCUCUCUCUCUUUCUCGCUCUCUCUUUGUCUCCCUUCGAAGUAUUUUUUUCUUUAUUUUUCUUUUCUACUUUGAAGCCAUUGGAAGCAUGGCGAGCGACGAGGUGGAAAGAUUUCCGCCCAAGAGGGGUCUUAUUUAUUUAUCGAGAAAGCGAAGGGGCCAAGAAAGCCAGCUCGAGCAGAGUUUAUGAAAUUGUGGGGAUGGACGGAUGUUGGAAGGGCAGGAAGGAAAAAAGACAGUUCUCACCUCGUGGAGAAAGAUGAGACGUGAGAGACGAUCUGAAACGAUCAAAUCCUGCCUCAUCACAUCUCAUCAUCGCAUCACCUUCCCAGAAUGCAGUGCAGGCCAGCCUAUGGGAAACCCAGAAUUCCAAAGCAAGACAAGGAGAUGUCAGAAGGAUUUCCAGUGACUGCAAGUAGAGUUCAGCAUGCAAAGGCAUACAUAUUGAUGAACAGGACGAGACAGGAGGCGACAUCGGCUAUUUAUUCACUGACCACUAUUGACAGCUCUGAUAUCACAUACAACACUGUGUGACAAUGUUCUUCAAUGUUACAUAUAUUUACCUGUUUAAGUCUAUAUACAUACAUGACCUGGAAGUGUUUGUUAAGGGGUUUUGUGGGCACGGACACUGUUGGCCUGUCCGGCUGACUGACGGUACUGACCUAUGGUACAGCUCACAGGCAUCCCAUGUUCAUGAUAGUCCACAGUUGUUUUUCUACCAUAGCUUUAUUUCCUUUAUUUACGAUAUUUCUGAAACCAAAACCUGAGUGUAAAACAAUGAAUGUGUGCUUAGCCAUUGCUUUUGAUUUUUUUUUUUUGUUUGAUUUCCUGUCUAGAAUACCCAGCGGUACUUCAGAAGCAUUUGAGGCACAAGUGGCACUGUUGUGGACAAGAGAUUGGAAUGUUUGAGACUUACAGUAUCACUCAAAAGUUUGGGCACACCUCCUCAUAUAGGAAAUAUGAAAUAGAAUCACACUGUCUAAAAAAAAUUAUAUAUAAACAUGUAUCUCGUUUCUUUCUGCUUUAUUUGAAUUAUCCUUUACAUUGUGCAAAAAAUGGACCAACAGAAAUGCUCAAAAAUUAUUUGGAAUAAAAUCUCUUUACAUAACGUUGCAUUAAAUUUGAACAUAUCUUUGCCUUCUCCUGUAAAGUUACUGUUUUGGAGAUAUUCUUUUUUUUUUUUUUAACGUAGAUCUUCUAUUUCACAUCGUAAAGUAGCCCCUGUUUGUCUUGAUUGCGUUCCGUCAACCAGCUUCAUGACAUGCCAUCGAGUUCCACAUGUGCUGAGAUCUUGCCAUUGUUUGAGCAAAUUACAAGCAUUUACCCAUAA